UCGAUGGCUCUUACAGGUCCCGGCGCAAAGACAUCUUUCACUCCAACCCUCUGACUAGUUUUAUUCCUUCUAAGUGAUACAGGGUGGUUGAGAUGCUUGCUGCUGCUGUUUUCAUCCUGUCUUUGACGACUUGUCAGCCUGGGGCAACUAUCCAGGAGAAGGUGAACCGGAGAGUAAGUCGGGCUGUUCAGAGUUCCACCUUGACAGCACUUAACUGCCAGCUGAGCACCUGGUCAGAGUGGACAGAAUGCUUUCCAUGUCAGGACAAAAAGUACCGAUUCCGGAGCCUCCUGCAGCCAAACAAGUUUGGGGGAACCAUCUGCAGUGGUGAUGUCUGGGAUCAAGCCAGCUGUCAGAGUCCCACAGCUUGUCUAGAGCAAGCGCAGUGUGGACAGGAUUUCCAGUGUAAGGAGACAGGUCGCUGCCUGAAACGCCACCUCGUGUGUAACGGAGACAAGGAUUGCCUUGAUGGCUCUGACGAGGAUGACUGUGAAGAUGUCAGGGUCAUGGAAAGCGACUGCAGCCUGUAUGACCCCAUUCCAGGGUCAGAGAGUGCGGCCUUGGGGUACAAUAUCCUGACCCAGCAGGAAACUCAGAGCGUGUACGAUGCCAGGUAUUACGGGGGCCAGUGUGAGACAGUAUACAACGGGGAGUGGCGAGCGCUUCGCUAUGACCCUGCCUGUGAGCGUCUCUACUACGGAGAAGAUGAGAAGUACUUCCGGAAACCCUACAACUUCCUCAAGUACCACUUUGAAGCCCUGGCAGAUACUAGACUCUCCUCAGAGUUAUACAAUGAUGCAAAUGAACUUCUUUCUAAAGUAAAGAAUGACAGGUCUGUGUCGGCAGGAGUGGGUGGUGUGGGCCCCGCGGGCAGCCCUGAAACAACAGUGGAUGUGGGUUUAUCCGGGUCACGAGACUCUUCGUUCGUGAAUAAGUUAAACAAGUAUAAUAACAAGAAAUAUAACUUCAUGAGAAUUUCCACAAAGGUGCAGACUGCUCAUUUUAAGAUGAGAAGGGACAAUAUUGUGCUGGAUGAAAGCAUGCUGCAGUCAUUAAUGGAGCUUCCGGAGCAGUACAAUUACGGCAUGUAUUCCAAGUUCAUCAACGACUAUGGCACUCAUUACAUAACGUCUGGAUCAAUGGGUGGCGUUUAUGAAUACAUCCUGGUGCUUGACAAAGAAAAAAUGGAAUCGCUUGGCAUUACCAGCACAGAUAUCAAGAAAUGCUUCGGAGGCUUUGUGGGCAUUGACUAUGAUUACACAGACAGCAUAAAAACUGAAGGACGUUUAUCAGCAGAACGUUGUGAAAAAACCGGAGGUGGCAAUACUAACAAAGACAGGCUGGCCAUGGCUGUGGAAGACAUCAUUUCUCGAGUGCGAGGUGGCAAUUCUGGCUGGGGCGGUGGCUUGACUCAAAACGGGAGCACCAUUACGUAUCGUUCCUGGGGGAGGUCAUUAAAGUAUAAUCCUGUUGUUAUUGAUUUUGAGAUGCAGCCCAUCCACGAGGUGCUGCGGCAUACAAACCUGGGGCCCCUGGAGGCCAAGCGCCAGAACCUGCGCCGGGCCUUGGACCAGUACCUGAUGGAAUUCAAUGCCUGCCGCUGUGGACCCUGCUUCAACAAUGGGGAGCCCAUCCUCAAGGGCACCAGCUGUGAGUGCCAGUGCCCACUGGGUCGCCGGGGCCUUGCCUGUGAGCAAAUGGAGCAGAAGGGAGCCAAGGCGGAUGGUCGCUGGAGCUGCUGGAGCUCCUGGUCUGCUUGCAGAGCGGGCACCCAGGAAAGGAGGAGAGAGUGCAAUAACCCUGCACCCCAGAAUGGAGGCAACUCCUGUCCAGGGUGGAAAGUGCAGACCCAGGCUUGCUGAGGGCCUCUGGGCACAGAUGCAGCGGAUGGCACCCCCUGCAUUGACCACUGGAAAAAGACUUCUUUCAGCUGAGGGGAAAUGCAAAUCAACGUGGACUUUUUCUUUGUCCCGCCAACUUCCAGGAGUAGGACCAGCCUGUGCCGUCUACAACUAACUGUCCUAUUACCCACAAGAUGCAAUCAUUCAACAACUGGGCACUGAAUGUCAACUAGGGCCUCAGUCCUGCUCACAGCACUUCAGAUCAUCUGAGAGAGAGAGAGAGAGAGAGAGAGAGAGCGCGGAGGCGGGGGGGGGGGGAGGGACAGAGAGAUUUCAAUCCAUGCCUUAGAGGGACUUACAGGAUGUUAGAAGUAGGAGGCAAGCAGAUCAAUGGCCAAUAAAACAAAGUAUGAUGAGAA